AUGAAUGGAUACGGCUCUCCAUACCUAUACAUGGGGGGUCCUGUGUCACAACCUAGGGCUCCCCUUCAGAGGACCCCUAAAUGUGCCCGCUGCAGAAACCAUGGGGUCCUUUCCUGGCUGAAGGGCCACAAGCGUUACUGUCGCUUUAAAGACUGUACCUGUGAGAAGUGCAUCCUGAUCAUCGAGAGGCAGCGGGUCAUGGCUGCCCAGGUGGCCCUCAGGCGCCAGCAGGCUAAUGAGAGCCUAGAGAGCCUGAUCCCAGACACCUUAAGGUCAAUGCCAGGGCUGCCAUCUGCUCUGCCCACAGACAGUAACCAGCAACCGGUCCGGCCUGGGGAGAUGACUAUUAGAUGGUCAGCAGAGAACCCCUCAGCCAUACAGCUCCCAGGGAAAGCAGAUCUUUCAGAAGAGAGGCUGGGUGACAGCAGCGGAACAGAAAAUGGAGAGAGUUACAGUGACAAAGACACAGAUCAGAGGAGUUCCCCUGAAGUGAAGCCCUGCUGUUCCCCCGAGAGCCCAGAAGUUGUGUCUGUGGAUGAGGGAGGCUACCCGGUGCAAAAGAGAUGCAACAACACUGAGAGUACAGCUGAGAGUCCCAAAUACCAGCCCGAGCAGAGCCACCAUCUCAUAGAGGGCUCCGCAGGAGCUGUGUCACUGCCAUUCAGCUUGAAGUCCAACAGACCACCCCUAGAGGUCCUCAAGAAGAUAUUCCCAAGCCAGAAGCCAACAGUGCUCGAACUCAUUUUAAAGGGAUGUGGUGGUGACCUAGUUGGAGCUGUAGAGGUCCUUCUCUCCAGCAGAUCCUCAGUAACAGGGGAGAGGACUGCCACUGAGCCUGAUGGGAUCGUAUUGCCUUCCAACGGCCACAUAUUUGAGCACACAUUGAGCUCAUACCCCCUUACCUCCUCUAAGUGGUCUGUGGGCUCAGCCUUCAGAGUGCCUGAUACACUUCGUUUCUCAGCAGAUUCUAACAAUAUGGUACCUAGUCCUCUAGCUGUCCCCCUGCAGCACCCAUUCCCACAGCCUCCAAGAUACCCACUAUUGCUGAGAAAUACGUUGGCAAGAAACCAGACCAGCCCAUUUCUGCCCAACGAUGUCACAUUGUGGAACACAAUGACCCUGCAACAGCAGUAUCAACUCAGGUCUCAGUAUGUCAGCCCUUUUUCUGGCAAUUCGUCUAAUGUAUUUAGAAGUUCCCCAGUCCUCUCCACUAGAUCCCCAGAUGACCCCAGGAUCUCAGUCCCAGAAGACAGCUGCCCUAUUGUAGUAAAGCAACCAAUCUACCCAGAAGAAGACUACGAAGAGAGGUCAGAUUCAGCAGACUCCAGAAUUCUCAACUCUUCUUCAUAG